AGCGUCUACUCUGAGGUCAAUGACAGAGAUAGUAAGGGAUCUGUUAUUUGUAGAGUCCGAAAACAGUACUGAAGAGCAAAUUCCUCUGGAUUUUCUCAACCGAGCGGCGGGUACUAUGGUCACAGGUGUGUCGAAUAUCCUUAAAGCCUCGGAGGUGAUGGCUUUGUCGGAACGUAGAGGAGGAACCACUGCCUCUUCCGACUUAGAAGCGAGCAAGGCCGCCACGACCCUCGCUUUUCAGGCACUGGACUUGUUGGGUGACGUCAUACUGAAUGCAACGAUGUCUGAGUUAACAGAUGAAGACGUGUUCGCUGAUUAUAACACUUCCAAGGUGCAUUUAAGGAUUCAGCGACAAAACAAAACUGACUCGGAGGAGAAAGUGUACCUGGUUGAGGGGAUAAGUGACUCGUUAGUUCGCAUUCCAUCAGUCGCUUCACUGGUGGGAGACAAGUGCACUGUGGAAGAGCCAGUGGAAAUACAGUUCUUUGAGGCCAACUUCAACCCAUUCGAGUACUCCGAAAACUCGUACGGAAUCCAGUCCGAUGUUAUCGGCCUCCAGGUCAGCUGUAGGGGCGAGACGAUUUCCAUCUCAGAUCUGGAAGAGCCGAUCGACAUCCUGACACGAAGGGCGCACGACGAGGGCCUCGACAAUGUGACGUACAUCUUCUCUGAUUCGGCGGAAUUGGGGAAUAUUUCGUCGUUCCGGUUUUAUGCGAAGAGGGAAUUUUCAUCUCUCGGCUUCAGUCUUGUCGUCAACACUGAGAACAGUUCGAGCAACUGGCAACCCGCGACGCUGUAUCUAAACAAGCACGAGCCGCCGACAACGGAUACACACGGAUGGUCAGUCACCCUGCCGCUACCAGAUGAUCAGCUUUUUACUAUUAAAAUAAUUAACGAACGCUUUCAGGUUGGUUCGUUAUCAAACAGUACCCACAUCCAUUGCCGAUGUAACCACCUGACCAAGUUUGCUGGUUUUGUGUCGCCAAAUCCACUCUACAUUGAGGAAGUUCUAGACCUCGGCUUCGUCGCGCUAAACGAAAACCCGGUGGGACUCGCCCUGGUUCUUGCUGUUUUCGCCUCCUAUCUGUUUGGCCUCCUGGGCGUGAGGAAAGCUGAUAGAAAGGACCAAACGAAGGUAGGACUUUGGCUGCUACCCGGCCACAGACUGAACCCGAGGAAGGACUGUCAGUACGUGGUUACUGUGUACACCGGACUGCGGGGAAACGCUGGCACCACUGCUGAUAUUUCCAUCUCCUUAUACGGCUUUACGGAGUACAGCCCCCCGAUCGUACUGAGAGACUCCAAGCGGUUUCUGUUUGAGCGUGGCAGUGUGGACUCCUUCCUGGUCUCCAUAGAACAGCCUGUAGGGCCACUGACUCAUCUGCGUGUGUGGCACAACAACGCAGGGUACAGCCCUGCAUGGUUCCUGAGUCAAGUGGUUAUACUCAACAGAGGGACGAACGAAACAACCUAUUUCUUGGCAAACAGGUGGUUUGGUGUCGAUGAGGAUGAUGGGCAGAUCGACCGCAUGAUUCCCUCGGCUCCACCGGAGGAAAUGACGAAGUUUCGCAACGUCUUCUGGGCUAAAAGUUACAGGGACAUGAGUGACGAUCACCUGUGGUUCUCUGUCGCCUUCCGCCCGGCCCGGAGCCCGUUUAACCGAGUCCAGCGCCUGUCCUGUUGCCUGGCUCUGCUCUACAGCACCAUGCUCACCAACAUCAUGUUCUUCGGCCGCGGGGACGACUUCGACCCGCCUGAACCGAUCAGAGUGGCUGGGGUGGAGAUCAGGCCUCCUAUCUCACUCCCCGAGUUGAUGAUCGGCAUACAGAGUGCACUCAUCAUUCUCCCCGUCAAUAUCUUGAUCGCUCUUUUCUUCCGCUACUCCGGAAGAAACACACCAACAGCAAGCAACGACGAGAAAUCAAAAUCUCAGCCGGCCAGCCGUACCCUGGAAUCGGCUGACGUCCCUGUCUUGGAAUCUUCGAAGAUGGAUCGUACAAGGGGAGAAAUUUCUUCCUCCAAUCAUCCAAACACUCCGUCCUAUUUUUGCCCGACCAACAGACCGGCUAUCGGCAUGGCCGUGAGAGAAAACUUUGUCCCAGAAAGCGGCAUGCAAUCGUCUACUAGGAUCGACCACAGCUCGAGAAAGGAUGAAAAUGAGAAAGCCGGUUCGGCAAAAAAGUUUUCCCUGCCCUCGUGGUGUGUGUUCUUAGGUUGGCUGCUUGUCUGGUCCGCGAGCUUCGUGGCCGCCUUCUUCACCAUCCUGUACUCGCUCAGCUUCGGUCCGGCCAAGGCGGAGGCCUGGGCCGUCACCUUCCUCACGUCAUUUUUCACCGACAUGCUGCUGAUCCAACCCGUCAAGCUGGUUCUGGUGGCGGUCGUGUUUGCCCUGCUCUACAGGAAACCAGUAGAGGAAGAGGAUCCACUUGCCUCACCUGUGGCGGAUGAUGAGGGAUUACUGCAAAACGAUGCUGAGGUAACCGUGUGGAACAGCGCAACAGGUUGGAUGCGGUACAUGGGUAUGAACCGGGCUGCGAAAUAUACUGCCGGGACCGAGUCUCCGGGCCACGAAAUGUCCACAUCACCGCCGGACGAAUCCACCUUGGAAGAAGUGAGAGCCAAGACCGCAGAGAAACGCAAACGCCGUAACGCCGUUCUGGAGGUGUUGGUGUUCGGACUGUUCUUUGCGGUCAUCAUGCUCAUAGCUUACGGCGAUAGGAGUCCGCUGGCCUUCCACAUGACACAGAACGUGAAGGAGAACAUCAUGGGAGGACAGGACGACAUUCCAGAUAUUAAAGACAUCCCAUCAUUCUGGGAGUGGGUAACAGACGGUCUGAUUCCUGCCACACACUCGGAGGAAUUGUACAACGGAGAAGCCACGUAUGACGACAUGGUGCUACCGGACAUGUUAACCCAUCAACUCGGCACGACACAGCUGAGACAAGUACGGCUGGUACCUGAUACAGGAGACUACAUUGAGGGUUGGGUCCCAUACAAUAAUACCUUCUACUCUAAUGAUACCUCCAACUCCACGGAGCCUGAACCGGCUGUGUGCCCUUCGCUGACGAAUCUAACGUUAGACAUGCCUAGACUUGGGGAUUGUCUGACAGGAAAUACGACAUGGGAAUACACAUUUGCCUCCGUCAGCGACAGCUUUCCGUACGUCGCAAAACACGGCACCUAUCUCAGCGGGGGUGGAUACUCAACAACUCUUGGGACGUCACGGGAAGCGAGCGAAGCAACGGCGGCGUUCUUACAGCACCACAGCUGGCUGGACGAGCGAACGCGAGCCGUUUUCGUGGAGCUGAUUCUCUACAACCCUCACGCGAACCUGUUUUCUGUGGUAACGAUCGUGGUAGAGUUUACUCCGCUUGGAGCUGCCUUUACGAGUGGGGAGGUUGUGACUCUGCGGCUGAUUCAGCGGGACGCCCUACUCCUGCUGGCGUUCCGAGUUUUGAUGGGGAUGUUCUUGGUGUUCUUUACGGCAAAGGAAGCACACAACGUGAAUAUUUAUUCAAAUCCUGUUAUUUCAGUCAAAAAGAUCUACUCGCGUCCGAUUCAAUACCUGAGUGACUUCUGGAGUUGGGUGGAGCUUCUGGUUAUUGCCAUCGGUUUUUCCGCUCUUGGCGUCUACCUCAAAGCUCAGUACAUCAUAGAUGAGACGGCGGAGCAACGAGCAUCUCCUGUCUUUGAGCUCUACAAAAGUGUAGCCAACUGGUACGGAGUCUACACGUACCUUUUAGGUUUUCUCAUCUGUUGCGUGACGCUGAAGUUCGUUCAGCUUCUUCGGUUUAACUCGCACGUUUUGUCUCUGACUAUGACGCUCAAGAAGUCCUUCAAACCCGUGAUGCAAUUCUGCGUCAUCGCUUGCAUCGUCCUUAUGGCUUUCACACAAAUGGGUAACCUUCUGUUCGGUACGAAGAUUCAGGGUUACAAGAACAUACUGUCCAGUCUUGCGAGUUUGUGCACUAUGAUGUUGGGUAGUUUUGACUUCGAUGCUAUCGUGGAGGGACACGCAAUGCUUGGCCCCCUGAUGUUCUUCUCGUACCAAUUCAUGAUGCAGUUUGUGUUACUGAGUAUGUUCAUGACUAUCAUUAUGGAUGUGUAUGCGGAGGAAAGUCUAGAUCCAAAGACAGAAAAUUUACAGAUAGUAACCUUCAUCAGGGAUACCACUUCGGUAGCUGUGGGUAACGCAGGUCGUGCUAUUGUUACGGCAGGAAAGAGAACGAUGUAUAGAACUAGCUAUGAAGUACAAACUCCCGAUCCGAACAAAAAUCAGGGUAAAAUUGCGUGCAUGCUUUGGGAACUUAAUGACCCACACAGGAUUUAGCUUCCGGAUCAGCACAUUUUCUGUGUAUAGAUCUGGAUCUAAUUCUAGAUCUAGAUCUGGAUCUAAUUCUAGAUCUAGAUCUGGAUCUAAUUCUAGAUCUAGAUCUCGAUCUAAUUACACCCGACCUUUCUUAUGUCUCAGCCAAAGGU